AUGUCUGUUCGUGAUAUGGAUGAUGUUGAUGUAUCAACAAAAAUACCUGAUAAAACCUUUAAUAAAAAGACAAAAGUCGGUGAUACCCGUGGUGGUAGUAAUAUCAGAAGUUGGAUUUGGUUGUACUUUGAUCCAGUGUAUAUCGAUAAUGUAAGACAUGCUGUUUGUAAAGUUGAACUUGUAAAAGGAAAAAAAUGCGGUAUAAAAUAUAAAGUUAACACAUCAACGAGUAACUGCUCUACUCACUUAACAAACGUUCAUGGGAUUACCGAAGAUCAAGCUAAAGAUAAAAAUGUUACAGAGUUGGUUAAUUUGCCUCAUGAUGAGUCACGUCAGCUUCAAUUGUAUCAAUACCUUGUGAACUGGAUAAUAACUGAUUCACAACCUCUUACUGUUCUUGAAAACCCAGCUUUUAAAAAAUUCAUAAGCGAGUUAGAUCCAAAGUUUAAAAUUCCAUGUAUCAAAUCCAUAAAGAAACUUGUACAUAUUUCUUAUAACCAUUCUUUAAAAUUAACCAUGGAAAAAGUAAAAAAUGACUCGACUUUUGUAUCUUUAACUUGUGAUCUUUGGACCGGGAAAAAUAAACAAGGUUUUCUAGGCAUAACAUGUUCUUACCUUGAUCAUGAGUUUCAAUUUCACGAAAUCACGCUUUCCAUCGAGCAUAUCCGUUAUCCUCAUACUGCUGAAAACAUCGGUGAUGCUAUUCUUUCGUUGUUGGAUGAGUGGGAAUUGC